UAUCUGCAAAUCAUUCUCUAGUGCAGUGGUUUCUUACGGCUUCGUUCCCCACCGUUCGUUCUUCAGUAAGGAAGAACUACAGAAUCAUCGUCUUGAUCUGUUCGUUUCCAUUGCUCUGUCAAGCUAGCUAGUCUCCACUCUCCAGUACUAGUUUCAGAUUGGCUGUGCAUCUCAACGAUUCACUGCAGACAGAUCUUGAAAAUCGGUUGCCCCCUGAAGCGAAAUGCGUUUCCAUCCCAACUUGGUUUCCACUUUCCAUGGUGUCUGUGCAUCCCUGAUUGACUUGACCAUCAUCAAUCGCCCCCUCUUCCUUUUUCAUAACAGAGUCCGGUAUCCAUGCAUUGCCUCCAAGCAACACCCCCCAGUACGUAGCUCGUGUUAAAUACUGCCAUGGCAUCCACUGGCUAUAAAUACGAAGCAUCGUAGUACAAUUGUAACCAUCAGCCAGUCAUCCAAUCCAAUUAUUCAUACGGAGAAGCACCUAGUACUGUGAGAACGACACAAGCGCGAUGGGGAAGAACGGCAACCUGUGUUGCUUCUCCCUGCUUCUGCUGCUGCUUGCUGGGUUGGCAUCUGGUGAUCAUCAGGUUCUAUUUCAGGGGUUCAACUGGCAGUCGUGGAAGCAGAGCGGCGGGUGGUACAACAUGAUGAUGGGGAAGGUCGACGACAUCGCCGCCGCCGGGGUCACCCACGUCUGGCUGCCGCCGCCGUCGCACUCAGUCUCCAAUGAAGGUUACAUGCCUGGUCGGCUCUACGACAUCGACGCGUCCAAGUACGGCAACGCGGCGGAGCUCAAGUCCCUGAUCGCCGCGCUCCACGGCAAGGGCGUGCAUGUGAUCGCCGACAUCGUCAUCAACCACCGGUGCGCCGACUACAAGGACAGCCGCGGCAUCUACUGCAUCUUCGAGGGCGGCACCUCCGACAGCCGCCUGGACUGGGGCCCGCACAUGAUCUGCCGCGACGACAGGGUCUACUCCGACGGCACCGCCAACCUGGACACCGGCGCCGACUUCGCGGCCGCGCCCGACAUCGACCACCUCAACGACCGCGUCCAGCGCGAGCUCAAGGAGUGGCUCCUCUGGCUCAAGACCGACCUGGGCUUCGACGCGUGGCGGCUCGACUUCGCCAGGGGGUACUCCGCGGCGAUGGCCAAGGUGUACAUCGACGGCACGUCGCCGGACCUGGCCGUGGCCGAGGUGUGGGACACCAUGCCGACCGGCGGGGACGGGAAGCCGAACUACGACCAGGAUGCGCACCGGCAGAACUUGGUGAACUGGGUGGACGGCGUGGGCGGGGCCGCGUCGGCCGGCAUGGUGUUCGAUUUUACGACCAAGGGGAUCCUGAACGCUGCCGUGGAAGGGGAGCUAUGGCGGCUGAUCGACCCGCAGGGGAAGGCCCCCGGCGUCAUGGGGUGGUGGCCGGCCAAGGCCGUCACCUUCGUCGACAAUCACGACACCGGCUCCACACAGGCCAUGUGGCCCUUCCCUUCGGACAAGGUCAUGCAGGGCUACGCCUACAUCCUCACUCACCCUGGCACGCCAUGCAUCUUCUACGACCAUUUCUUUGACUGGGGAUUCAAGGAGGAGAUCGCGGCGCUUGUGGCGGUGAGGAAGCGCCACGGCAUCACGGCGACGAGCGAGCUCAAAAUCCUCAUGCACGAGGGCGACGCCUACGUGGCCGAGAUCGACGGCAAGGUGGUGGUGAAGAUCGGUUCCAGGUACGACGUCGGGACCGUUAUCCCUGCCGGGUUCGUCAACUCCGCCCACGGCAAAGACUACGCCGUCUGGGAGAAGGCCGGCGCCGCGGGAACCCUGCAGCGGAGCUGAAGCCUCAUCUGAUCCGCCAUUGGAUCGAGAAUGAUUUGAAAUACACGAUUUAUUGUCUGCUAUACACACGCAGAUAUAACUAUGAUUUAACUACGGAUACUUGUACCCAAGAUGAGCUCUACGAAUUGUUCACACUACUGUACUAGUAAAUAACGUGCCGAUGAUAUGUGAAGAGGUAUAUAUAAGGGGUAAUUA